AGUCGUGUAUUAUACAUGGCGCUGAUGUACACGUUUGUUUGACAUUUCUUCAUCCCCUCCACACUUUUUUUUGCAAGCGCGCAAGAAGUUUCUCCGAAAAGCUAAAAGUUUCUUUGUAGCCACGAAUUUUUCAUCAAAAAAAGCUCAUUUUUGUGGGUAAAAAGUGAAAUUUUUGUUAAUUCAAAAUCUUUAGUGUUUGUAUUUGCAAAGGAACUUGCAGAAAAGGCAUCCAAGGUGCAAAGAAAUUGAGCAUAAAGAGAAAAUCAUUCAGUAGACAGUGACCAUUUUGUUUGAGGAAAAGUAGAAUAGAGAAGGAAAAUGGUUAAGGAAACAGCUUAUUACGAUAUCCUGGGUGUUCGACCAGAGGCAUCAGCGGAUGAUUUGAAGAAGGCUUACCGGAAGUUGGCGCUCAAGUACCAUCCGGACAAGAAUCCCAAUGAGGGUGAUAAGUUCAAGCAGAUCAGUCAGGCUUACGAAGUGCUGUCCGAUCCAGAAAAACGCAGCAUUUAUGACGAAGGUGGUGAAUCGGCGAUCAAGAAAGGUGGUUCCGGUGGUGGUGGAGGCUUUACGAGCCCCAUGGAUCUCUUUGAUAUGUUUUUUGGUGGAGGCUUCGGAGGGAGCAGACGCCGAGAACGCCGUGGGAAGGACCUAGUGCAUCAGCUGAGCGUCACACUGGAGGAAGUGUACAUGGGGGCUGUGCGGAAGUUGGCGCUCCAGAAGAGCGUGAUUUGUGAUAAAUGCGAAGGGCGCGGCGGCAAGAAGGGUGCAAUUGAGAAGUGCCUGACCUGCCGAGGGACGGGCGUGGAGACGAAAAUCCAGCAAGUUGCCCCGGGGAUUGUGCAGCACUUUGAGCACAUGUGCCGCAGCUGUCAGGGCCAGGGGGAGCUUAUUGCGGCCAAGGAUCGCUGCAAGAACUGCAAUGGGAAGAAGACGGUGCGUGAGCGGAAGAUUCUCGAGGUGCACGUGGAGAAGGGAAUGCGCGACGAGCAGAAGAUUGUCUUUUCGGGUGAGGGAGAUCAAGAGCCAGAUCUGCAGCCGGGUGAUAUUGUCAUUGUGCUGGAUGAGAAGGAGCAUCCGGUGUUUAAGCGAUCACGCGAAGAUUUGAUAAUGACGAUGCACCUGCAACUUGUGGAGGCACUCUGUGGCUUCCAGAAGGUGAUUAAGACACUCGAUGAGAGGGAUUUGGUCAUAACAUCCCUCCCUGGGGAGGUGAUUAAGCAUGAAUCAUUCAAAUGUGUCCUUGGCGAGGGGAUGCCACAGUACAAGAAUCCAUUCGAAAAGGGACGUCUCAUCAUACAGUUUGUCGUUGUUUUCCCGGAAAGUAUCCCACAUGAGGUGAUUCCAGCGCUCGAAAUGAGUCUCCCUGGACGACCGCAAGUAGCAGUUCCCAUUGAUGCAGAGGAAUGCACACUGACGGAACUUGAACCAAAUCACGGUCACAGUCACAGAUUUACUAAUGAUGACGAAGAGGAGUACUACAUGCAUGGUCCACGUGUCCAACAAUGUGCUACUAGCUAAAUUUAUAUUAAUAAAAUCACGUAAGGAAAUUAAUUAAUUUGGUAAAAAAAACAAAUAAUUCUCUCUGAAAGGAUAAAUAGGCAUUAUUAUAUAAAUAAUUUAGGAAUUAUUAUGAAAAAAAAAUUAUAGUGUUCGGUAUUUAUUUAUAAAAAGAAAUCCUUAAUCACUAUAAAUAUUAUUAUGUAGGUUAUUUACUUAGAAUGCGCGUGAGAGGACAUUAGGGAGAGAGAGAUUAAACAAACAAAUUUAGAAAUAAAGAAUAAUCUGCGAUCAAAGAGAUGAAGAAAUUCACGAAGAAAGGACAAUGAAGAAGCAUUCCAAAGCACGUCCGGAAGGCUUUUAAAGGCUUAAAAAUAUACAGGCAGGACCAGCAAGAUCAUCAAAGGUACGUCCUAGCAUUGCGUGAAUUUUUAUUCCUUUUUUAUCGAGAGAAUUUUGUGAGAGAGAAAAUAAGAAAAUGUCACCAAUUUAUAAUUUGACGAUUAAGCUGUAUUUGGGCAAUUAAAAAUAAUCUUUGCGUAAAAAAA